CUGUGCAAACAAAACUUGUUGUUUCUUCUUCUUCUUUCCUAAACAUUAUACGUUUCAUUUAUUCCUUUUCAAAAAAGCUGCACAAUAUUAUCCGAAAACUCGGUGAUCGAGUACGUUGUCAUCAACUCGAACGAAAACUGUGGUGAUCCACUUAAAAUUGUUUGCCAGACAGUGGACUUUAUGACGACUACGAUGAUGGGCCAUGGCGGUAGUUUUGAUAUUUCUGGUCAGUCACUAUCACUGGUGUUACUGCUUCUGCUGCUGCCGCUGAGGGGCAUUGGCGGUGGCGGCGUGCUUGGCUUAGAAGAAGAGAGCGGUCAGAUAAUGGAUGAUCUUCCGGAUGAGCAUCGGGACAAGUUGGAGUUGUUAACCACUGUGCUGGCAAUGGACAAGGAAUGGUCGGCUGUACGGAGCGAAAAACUCAAAUCGGAGUUGGCUGACGACGCCGGUCUGGUCAAAGAGUUCUGCCUUACACUUCCCGAUUUUGGAAAAGAACCGAUUGACGCGAUCGAUAUAAGUAAGAAAAUAAUGAUACACUGUCCGCACUCUGGCAUGUACGUGGAUUUCGCCGUCAAGUCAUUGGCUCUCUCAGCUCAGUGUCUGUUCAACAGGCAUGCUAGACUCCAGCUGGCCGUCAUAAUUUCUUUACCCUUCGAAGCGAUCGAACAGUUCGCCUCUCACCUCAAACGCCUGGUGGGCGAUUACCAACUGUUCGCUAACCUGCUGACCAGCAUCGGCGUAGACCUACAUCCCCUGAUCGCAUUGGUCAGGUAUUUCUCCGAGGUCGCAAGGCAGUGGGUCACAUACACCGAGCGUAAAAAGGAAGAGGAAAAGUACAAGAAUCGCAUCAAGAGAGAGGCCAAUGAACUGGAAGACCUUAUGGAUGAGUACGAGGGUUAUUGCGCCGUGUCCCCAACUAUUUGGAAUGAUCAAAACCAAAAAUAUACGGUGUCACUUGACAUGAAUAAUAUAGAACCUAUGUUCAAUGAUCCUGAACUGGAUGAUCCAUCGAUGUCCACUCUGCCGAAGAACGAAAUUCCAAAAGAACCGAUAGUGAGAAAAGCCCACAAGUUGCAAUGGAUAUUGCUUAAAGAAUUCAAAAAACUGCUUCUCGGGAAAUUGCCACCGGAAGUUUGGAAACUGAUAUUCGAAAACAACAUCCUCGUGAGACAGAUCGAGUCAAAGCAAAAAACAGGUAUACUAGCUAAAGCGGGUCGAUCUAUGAAAAAUCUUUUUAAGAAAUCAAAAUGAAUUAUAAUAAUUAAUAUGGUAGUUACUAUUUAUAUAGUUGGUUAUGACACUAAGUUAUCAUAUUAUUUUUAUUACAUUUACAAUUAACUAUAUUAUAUACUGUGUUCUAUAUCCAUAACCGUCAAUUGUUGUAACUUGUUAUAGUAACAAUAAUUGUGGUAAAUAAAAAAAAUAUUUAAAAAAUAAUUUGAUUAUAGAUAAAUAAAACAAUUUUUAUUUUUUUAAAUCAUCAUAGUUAUUGUUACCAUAACACCAUAAAAUAACCAGCAGAGUUCAUAAAUCUUAACGAUGCGGUAUUUAUAUAGAUUUUUCUAUUAAAUUUAAGUACAAUAUUGGAUAUUUUUUAUGUACCUACGUAAUUGUAAGGAUUAUUUUAAAUUGUAAUUGUACAUAGAAAUAAAUUAAACAAUUAUUAAAUAAAAUAAAUAAUUAAUUAUACAAUAUA